AUGAACUUCAUUGUGUCCCUCGCGCAUUUCUGCGAGAUCCAUGGUCCUACGUCAAUCAUCUGCACUCAAGUGACCCCCCCGACAUGCACGACAUGCUGUCCCUCUGCUGCAAGCUCAGGCACGAUUGUCCCUUCUACGCCACAGCAGCAGCAGCAGCAACAAUUUGGCUCAGCACCCUCCCAAUUCUCCCAUAACAGCUCGAUCCAUCUCAAUAAGAGCAACCCUGCCCUAAAUACCCUGGCCUCCCAGAGCGCCUCGGGCCUCCGUCCAAACACAUCUCUCCUUAGCCAUGGUGGGACUGCUACCUCCUCAGCCUCAUCAUCUAAUGUCUCCACCCCAAUGGAGACACCACCUCCAUCACCGAGGAGCCCUGUAUUGUCUAGUGCCUCCCUUGCUACUGCAGGUCCAGGAUAUACAGGUCCAUCAGCGGCUUCCACGACAGGGGUCUCCGCCGGUGGUGAUACCUGCAAGAACUGUAGUAUGACCCUUCCAAAGGGCCUUCAGGAAAAAGCAUCCUCCAAUGGCACUGUCACGCGGCCUACGCUACGUACAAAGGAAUCAAUUCUUGCCUGCACCCCAUCCGGCAGCGAAGACGAGGAAGAGCCGGCAGAAAGUCAAUUCUCAAAUCUUCGAGCUGUUCAACGUCAGAAUGACGAUGCUCGUCAUCUUUCUUCGUCCCCUGGCGCGCAUACCUACUUUCACUCUGCCCCUGCGUCUGAUGACGGAGCACCGCAAGGGAGUUCCACAAACGGGCUGGCUACACACACCCAUCAAUUGACAUAUAUCUCUACUCGAGCUCCAACUGUGCCUGCACAUUACACUACCCUGCGGCAGGCAUGCGUUCGCACGCUCUCUUGCGAGCUGAUACCCGCCCAGACAGGUCCCAUGAUGUUCGGGGACCCUCUUGCAGGCUAUACAAUUGCCUAUGUGUUUCGGCUUCCUGAUCCCAAAGCUCGGGGAGGAAGACGCUCGUAUGCACUAGUUUGCAUAUGCCCUGACCAGAAGAUAGUCGUCAGCUCAUGGAAGUACGUGGUUUCGGCUUUUGAAACCCUAGUGCACCGCAUCAAGCAAUUGGCAGCCAAGAAGCAACAGGAAGAUGCACAGGUAUCCCCGCUACUGAACAAUUCGUUCUCUUCCGUCGCUUCUCGCGGGCCCGAAGGGUUCCUCCGUAGAAGACCGCCCGGUGAGAACGGAUUCGGCGUCAACCAGAAGGGGCUAGCGGAGUUGGUCGGCAGAGAAGAGCUCUUUGUCGAGGUGCAUAUGUUCUUUGUCAAGAUGAUAGGAGGUCUCGUGAGAAGGUUUGGGUGCUGGGCCGGGAGUGAAUUGGCUCUCGGUGGCAGCGGUGCGGGGUUGGGGAGUGGAUUUGUGAGCCCAGCUCUAGCGAGAAGCAGAGCCGGAAGCGUGAGCAGCUCCGUGGGGGCAGACGAAAGGCUGGAAAGAAAAACGGGGCUCGGUGUGUCCACACCCGGUACUGCUACACCUAAUGCUGCCACACUCAGCGUUCCGACAGUGUCGGAGGAAAUGGAAGCCACCGAUAUUGGCACCCUGAGUAACGAGAAUGGAGUUAAAUACCCGGUUCCUCCUGCGCCUCCCGCUGGAGCUAGUCUGGCGAAACCAUCGGGAGUGCCUACCCUGGUGCCCGGAAUGGCGGGGUUGAGCGUCAGUGACUCUGUUACUCCUGGAGCUUCAAACAGCUCGCCUCGUGGCGGGAAAGAGUGA